UCCACAGUCUCUGGUAAUCUCCUUUACUGUCUGCAGUCUCUGGUCAUCCCCUGCACUGUCCACAGUCUCUGGUCAUCCCCUGUACUGUGUCCGCAGUCUCUGGUCAUCCCCUGUACUGUGUCCGCAGUCUCCGGUCAUCCCCUGUACUGUGUCCGCAAUCUCCGGUCAUCCCCUGUACUGUGUCCGCAGUCUCUGGUCAUCCCCUGUACUGUGUCCGCAGUCUCUGGUCAUCCCCUGUACUGUGUCCGCAGUCUCUGGUCAUCCCCUGUACUGUGUCCGCAGUCUCUGGUCAUCCCCUGUACUGUCCGCAGUCUCUGGUCA